ACCUCUCAUGUCUAAAGAGUGCAAACAACGAUGAAGCACGGCAACAAGGAUUUACUGGUGCACAGCAACGGGACUAUAGAGCACAUGGUCAUCAUGAACACUGUGGUGGGCUGUGAAGUCAAUCUGUACAACUACCCCUUCGCUUCAGAUUUCUGCCCCAUCGCCAUCAAUGUCUGGGCACUUAAAGGAUGUGGCAUGUUCCUGGACUUUGGGAAAGUGAGCACAACUAGUGCAAACCGUGGGGACUGGCUAACCGAGGAGGUGGAACUCAACACUAAAGGAGGCAGAGAUGAUCGCAACUAUCUAUGGGUUAGUGAGUGUUCCUGGUGA